GUCACCGCGCCGCUGGUGUUUUGAGGAGAGCAGUUUGUUGUCGUACCGGCGUCUCCCUGUCGACUGGCGGCUCCUUUCAAGCAGUUUUUUCCACUUCGAGCAGCCGGACAGCGCCUCUCCUCCGCCACAUGAGCCCACCGGACACCUCGCCGACAUUCCCCCGCAGCACGGCGGCCAGUAGCUAGCUCAGCUCCCCGCCGAGCCGGCUGGAAGUCAGGCAGGCUCGCAGCUACUUAGCCGCUAGUUAGCAGCUAGCCGGCUACAUCAGGAUGUCGUCUCCGUUCAGGAUCCCCAAGAAGAAGCAGGAAGUGGACUGUAGCUCCGCCCACCAGUCCCCAUUGGCCAGCCUCCAGAGCCCUGCCCCUACUCUUAAGGGUUACGGGGGCUGGCCCACCAGAGUCGGUGCUGCCAGAGUGCAUGCUGGGAAAGGCGUGUCCUCAGAGAGACGGAAGGCGGUGCAGCGCCCCCUACAGGCUCCAUUCAGAGACGAGGUGAAGACGCUGCUGGGACUCGACGGAGGCGGAGCUUCAGCAGGAAGCCGCGGCGGCCAAUCAGAGCCGGGACAGAGAGCCGAGUCGUCCUGUUGUUCUGACAGGUGGCGUCCAAAGAGAGCGUCUGACCGCCUGCUGCAGCCUGAACACCACCUGCCUCCACCACAGAAGAAAAAAAGCGUCCUGUCAUCAGGUGAGCGUCCUCCCAGCAUUGCCGUGGAAACGGGCGACUCUCUGGACUCUCUGGCAGCGCUGCGACCUGAGGGGCAUGCUGGGAGUCCAAGUCCUUCACCGCCAGGACUACAACGAUGGAGGACAGUGGAGUGCAGCGGAGACAGGAAGGAACAGGUAAAAAGGAGGCGGAGCCCGGACAGGGGGCGGAGCCUGGACGUGAAGGAGGACAUCCGGGAGAAGGAGAGGCAAAGAUGGAUUGAGUUCAGAGAGAACAACAGAUCCACCGUCCUGCAUCUGAGACUGAAACCAAAACCCAGUCCGACUCGAAGAAAGCCGAGUCAGACGGAACCCAUUGUCCUUUCGAGUGAAGAGGAGGAUGAAGAUGAAGAAACCAGGAUGUUACAAAGCAGCAGCCGAUUGGACGAAUCCUGUAGAGAAAGAUCAGACCAGGUGAGUUCACUUGAGGCUCCGCCCUCCUUCCUGCAGCUGCCGUUUGCUUCGCUCCACGCCGGCCUGAUGGAGGCCGACACCAACGGGAUGAUGAUGGUCACUGAACACGCCAUCACCAUUCCUGUCAAAGGCGUUGAAGAAGGGGAGGUGACGGUGGUGGCGUCUCAGGUUCGGGGUUAUGGUGUUUGGGACGGGGGCGUGGCUCAGGGCGGGGCUCUGCUGGCAUCCUGGGAAGGCCCCGCCCCCUCGCUGCUCUUCCUGUGGGUGACGGACGCUCAGGCCAACCUGCUGCAGAAGGAGCUGUUGGCCAUCCAGACCUCUUCCGGUCCUCCCUGCUCCUUUGUUCUGCUGGUGUUGAAGGAGCAGCUGCAGGAGCUUCAGGCGGCCCUGCUGGCCUCCAUCCUGGACAUGGAUCCGUACCAGGAGGGCCGGUCCUGUGGUUCUGGUCCGGCGUCUCCUCUGGACUGGGCUGAUGGACUGCUGCUCCUGCACAGCUGCCCUCCUCCUCUGGACCAGCACCUCCUCCGACUGCUGGGACACUCCACCGUCAGAAGGUCCUCUGGUCCUCCGAAGACCUCCGACCCCGAGAACCGGCUGAGCUGCAGCCUCAGGAACAAGACCAGGACGUCUGCUGAGCUGCCCACCAGGCUGAUCCAGUAUCCUGAAGCUCCCAGUAAAGGACGGAUCACGGUGACCAAUGAGGAUCUGGUCUGUCUGCAGGAAGGAAACUUCCUCAAUGAUGUCAUCAUCGACUUCUACCUCAAGUUCCUCUUCCUGGAGGGCGUCGGCGGUUCGGUUCCUGACAGAAGUCACGUCUUCAGCAGCUUCUUCUUCCGCCAGCUGAGUCGACGGCGAGCAGCCAGGGAGGACGACCCGUCCGUCUCAGACCACCAGGUGAGACACCAGAGGGUCAAGACCUGGACCCGUCACGUGGACAUCUUCACCAAAGACUUCCUGUUUGUGCCUGUCAAUCAAGAAGCCCACUGGUUCCUGGUUGUCGUUUGUUUUCCUGGACUGCAGGAGAAUCGUCAUGAGCAGUUCCAGCCGUCAGCAGUUGCAUCAGAACGACCUGCAGGAAAACUGAACCUGAGAUCCAGUCAGCCUCCGGACUGCAGUCUUCAGGGUUGCCAGAAGGACUUAGUGUUACAGAGGCCGUGUAUUCUGGUCAUGGACUCUCUGAAGUUGUCAUGUCAUGAGAACGUCUGUCGGCUCCUCAGAGACUACCUGCAGGUGGAGUGGGACGUCCGCAGGAAGUCUCCUCGUGUGUUUUCCUGCGACCGCAUGAGGAGCUGCAGCUGCAGAGUUCCUCAGCAGGACAACAGCAGUGACUGUGGAGUUUACCUGCUGCAGUACGUGGAGAGCUUCCUGCAGAACCCCGUGGUGGACUUUGACCUCCCGCUGCGAUUGUACGGCUGGUUUCCGCGGCAGCGAGUGCGACAGAAACGCCAUGAGAUCCGGAGUCUGAUCCUGAAGCUGCACCAGAACCAGAACAGGGUCAGAACCAACCCACCAUAGACAUUCUACUUCCUGUUUUAUAAAAUAAAAGUAUUUAUUUUAA